AUGCUGGAUGAGCUAGACAACGUCUUCGACGACCAUCCAUCCCUGGAUGCUUCGCUCGAAGACUUCGAGAGCAACACAAAUCCCCACCGAUCACCAAUGUUUGGUCUUCCCUCCCAACAUUCUGGGUUCCGGUCUGAGGAGUCCGACGGGGAAGAUGGGGACCUUGAGGACCCAGCCCAGGAGCGCUGGUCACCUCCAGGCUUCCAACACGAAUACGUCCAGGGCAGUGGGUGGUACCGCCACCAGCCCUACCUGCGCAAAGGUAAUCCCCAAACAGAGCGAUUGCAGCUCAAGCCCACAGUCGGGCUGAGCGUGUCGCCGUCGCAAUCACGCGAACCAAGUCCACAGUACGAGGAUGCGCUCGAAAGACCAGCCACUGGGAAAGGUAGCGACACCACAGUCGCGGCUAAUGUGCCUCUACCACCCGGUGCAGAUACACCUCUCAAUGGACGAUCUCCUAGUCCGGCUCCGGCUCCCAGGUCAGAUCGUACGCCUCGUCAUAGUCCGGAUGACGAUGAACCGGGCUUUGGAGCAGAGAAUCUGAGCAACUUGCGUGCAGAAGUCCAGCACCGAGAACCCAUUGCUGCCAUGUUUGGCUGGGUGCGCUCCAAGUUCGAGCGCAUGACAAGCUCCAAAUCUAACACCACCCUCUCAAUCGUCAUGCUCCUAGUCUCCAUUGCCUUUAUGCGCGCCCUCCUCCUCCCAGGCCUCCCACAAUCGAUCCCAGACCUCGUCAAGCUAUCCGGCUUUGCGCGCUCCUUCGAACCAUUGAUAUAUUACUCAGAAAACGGAGUGCAGCAAAUCGGAACGCUCCAAGAAACAGGUGUAGCAGUUUGGGAUCUGAGCGAGUCAGUCCGCGGCACAAACAUGACCAGCGCCCCAAUAAUCGUCCACCAACUCGACGAACUCUCCGACUCCCUCAAAUCUCUCUCCCUAGAACUGACCCGCUUUUUCGCAAACGUCGACUCAGACAUCGACUCCAUCCUCAUAGUAAUGGACUGGGCAAAACGCGAACUGGAAACCCUCUCCGCCCAACCCCCAAGCUCCCUCCCAACAAUAGUCUUCGACAACAUGCACAACAUGCUCUCACGCCUGGGCGCUCUAGAACGCUCCCAAUUCGAAAACGGCACCCCAGCCUCAUCAACAACAACACCCCUAGGCCACCUCGUGAUGGCCGUCUUCGGACCAACCUCCGCCCAACGAACCCGCACAACCCUAACCCGAACCUUCACCGAGUUCCUCUCCGUCUUAGAAGAAUCAAUCAACAGCGAACUCUCCCACUCGACAGCCCUCUUCGCCUUAUUCGAAUCAAUCGACCGCCAAUUUCUCAACCUGCAACGAACAGUCGUCAGAGAAUCAGACGCCCAAGAACGUGCAGAGGGCGAAAUGCUCUCAUCCCUCUGGACACGCGUUCUCGGUCCUGACGCUUCAGUCGUGCGCAAAUAUGAGAAGAACAAGAAACUCCUCGCGAACGUGCGCAGUCGCACAGUCGCGAAUAAACAUCUCCUCGUCGAUCAUCGCGGUCGUCUCCUCACGCUAAAGGUGAAUCUCGAAACAUUGCGACGGAAACUAGUCAGUCCGCUCGUGCGACGGAAUGAUUCCGUCAGUUUCGUUGGGUCCGUGGAUGGAAGCAAUGGGGCAGGGAAUUCAGGGAGCGCGGGGCGAAUGCUUGGGCCUGUUGAGGCUGUGAUUGAUGGGCAGAUCCGGGGGUUGGAGGGGACGUAUGAUUAUCUCCGUUCUGUACGUGAACGACAGAAGGCCAAGCUUAUGGAGAUGGUUUAUGGGGCUGGGAGGAAACCUUCCCAGUCGCUUAUUGAUGGGUUGGAUGGGAUUGAGGAUGGGGCGUGA